UUGUUUUUAAUGUAGUCUUAAUAUAUUUGUUUUUAAUGUAUCCAUGGUUUCCAUUUCCCCUGAGAAAGUGUAAAUUAACCAUGCUAAUAAAGCAGUCUUUAAUCUGCAGGCCUAACUGAUGUUUUGCUGGUUUUUAGCCCGCUAGCCAGUCACCCUUUACAAAGCCUGCCAAGUUUGGAGCUUGGGUAUUUUUACAUGCAGAUCUGCACAGAUCCUGUCUACGUAGAUUUAUUCCUAAGAAAGUGCGUGUGGGCACUUAUUUCUGUGAAUUUACUAAUGCGUUAAGAACCUUAAAACCCGGGUAGAACGCAGCACAGAAAGGCUUGCAACCAGCGCCGCAGCGCCGGAUCUGCGUCCGGCAGGAGUCCCCUCUGCGUGCGCUGGUGCCGUGCGUCCCACAGGCCCCACCCCGGCGCCGUCCGUCCCGCAGGCCCCGCCUUUGGCGCCGAACUCUAACGUCACCAUCUGCGCCGCGCACGGUAGAAACAGGAAGUGGGACCAAAACAAAGGAGCGGCGACCGGGAGCGGGCUUACCUCACCUUCUUUCUCUUCUGCGUACGUCUCGGCCUGGGUGCCGACCCCAAGCAGCGGUCCGACUAUGUCCAACAUGGAAAAACACCUGUUCAACCUAAAAUUCGCGGCCAAAGAACUGAGCAGGAGUGCCAAAAAAUGCGAUAAGGAGGAAAAGGCCGAAAAGGCCAAAAUUAAAAAGGCCAUUCAGAAGGGCAACAUGGAAGUUGCGAGGAUACACGCCGAAAAUGCCAUCCGCCAGAAGAACCAAGCGGUGAAUUUCUUGAGAAUGAGUGCGCGAGUCGAUGCAGUGGCUGCCAGGGUCCAGACGGCGGUGACGAUGGGCAAGGUGACCAAGUCAAUGGCUGGUGUGGUUAAGUCGAUGGAUGCGACAUUGAAGACCAUGAAUCUGGAGAAGAUUUCCGCCUUGAUGGACAAAUUCGAACACCAGUUUGAGACUCUGGACGUCCAGACGCAGCAAAUGGAAGAUACCAUGAGCAGCACGACGACGCUCACCACUCCCCAGAACCAAGUGGAUAUGCUGCUCCAGGAAAUGGCAGAUGAGGCGGGCCUCGACCUCAACAUGGAGCUGCCGCAGGGGCAGACCGGCUCGGUGGGCACGAGCGUAGCUUCGGCAGAACAGGAUGAACUGUCUCAGAGACUGGCCCGACUUCGGGAUCAAGUGUGACUGCAGAACCCGCUCUGAGGUUUCCUGGCCAUAGCCACCCUUUAAAUGCUCUCUGUGUGUUAGAGAGUUACUAUACGCUAGAAACUCUGAACAUGCCAGUAUGCUGAAAUGCCCUUCUACCUUUGGGUUUACGGCCCCUUCCAGAUAAAUUAAGAAAUUCAGUCUUUCUGCUCUCUUAGCUGGAUUCUGAAGUUCUGUAUAGCUCGUAAUGAUGGUAUUUUUAUAGCAGCCUUUUAACAGAACUAGUUAAUUUGGUGUAUGUGAAUCUUUCUCGAAAAUCUGGUCAUAACUAUUCAGUUUUCGGCGCAGAAUGAUCAGAUUGAAGGUGGUUGGUUUUGAUUAUUAAUAUUAUUUAGUGUGAUUGAUAAUUUAGAGAAUGGCAGAUGGUGCAUAAAAGUUAAAGACGGGAAAGACUACUUAGUUUGGUUAUACAGCUAUAAACUCCAUUCAGUAUAGUCGGUGGGCAGUGCUGUUUCUGUUUAUCGUUUGGAUUUUGGAUUUUGUUUUUGCCUUCACAGUGAGACUGCAAUUGACUGUUCUCAUGACAUAUAUUAUUAAUAAAUCUGGUCUCAUAACUUAUACUGAAAUUACCUUAGGACAUUUUUGCAUAAUACUCUCUUAAUGCUUAUAUUCUAUGAAUUUUUCAUGUGAUAAUUGUGUAACUGGGAAAAAUGCCGAAUAACUUCCUUUAUUAUCUGAACAAAAAAUUAAAUUUGUUCAUUUAUAUUUUCUACUUACUAAAUUGAGUUCUUAAAAAGACUUAGAAAGGGUGAUAUUUGACAGUGUCUUUCAAACGAACUUCUCUAACAAGUUUAUAGUUGUUUUCUUGUUUGAACACUAUUAGAUGUCUUAUAAAGUAUGCUAGCUAGCAUGGCAGUCAUGUUACUCACUCUAACAUUGCCAAAGAACUGUUGAUUUUGUUUGAGAAAACCCUGGGACUGUGUGUCUGUAGGUUUUGUUUUGAUUUUAACAACCAAAAAUAGAAAUAAAUUUAGAACUGCAUUUUAAGUUCUAAUUUGCAUUUAUUAAUUUGUCCAAAAGCAACAUCUCUUUGAAAACCUUGAAAAUAUAAGCUGGAAUGUUUUACUUAGCCAUGCAAGUAAUUUAUGUAUACAUCCAGCCAGCUGGAAGUCUGAGAAGUAAGGAGUAGGGCUGUAAGGAAGGAGAAAGCUUGACUCUAAGGAUGGAGCCUGGCUGUACUUGCCUACCAUUUUCUCAGGAAUGGCAAUGCGUAUUUUCUGGCUGAAAAGUAAAGCAUGUAGCCACCACUUUCUCAUAGCGUGGAAACGUGGAGAAAAGCAACUUGCUUUUGCCUUGGCAAGUAUACCAACUUAAUUCAAGUUGUUUUGAACUUCCCCUUUCCUUCCCUGGAAGAUUUUUUCCGUAAGAGAAUUCUGUUGUUUCAGAAAAUAAUUGUAGGGACUCUUCCUAGUUCUUUGAAAGAUUCAUAACCAACUAUUAACUAUGAUAACAUGUUUUCUAGUGUAAAUGAGUAAGAAAAAAAGAAAGCAGGUGUAACGUGUGUGCAGAUAAAGAGUGACCCUUAUAUUUAAGUUACUUUAUAUUUGGACCUUGUUCAGAAGUGUGCUCUAAGGGACACUUGUUGUUUGUCUGCCCAGCAUCUUCUCUCAAGAACAGACACCUCUAGAAAGUCAUGGGUCCGGUCAUCCACAUGGUUAUGCAGAGCCAUGUGUAAGGACAGCAUGAGUCUUAACCCCUAUUUUAUUUUAUUUUUGAGACAGUCUCGCUCUGAGGCCCAGGCUGGAGUGCCACGACACAAUCUUGGCUCACUACAACCUCCACCUCCCAAGUUCAGGCGAUUCUCCUGCUUCAGCCUUCUGAGGAGCUGGGAUUGCAGGCACAUGCCACCACGCCCAGCUAAUUUUUUUGUAUUUUUAGUAGAGACGGGGUUUCACUGUGUUGGCCAGGCUGAUCUCAAACUCCUGACCUCAAGUGAUCUGCCCGCCUCAGCCUCCCAAAGUGCUGGGAUUACAGGCAGGAGCCACCACACCCAGCCUUAACCCCUCUUUAGACUGGGAAAAAUAAUUACAAAUUUAAAAAUAGCUUAGUGUCGAACCCUUUGGUAAAUUGAAAACCCUUUUAUAAUGCAAAUAUUCCCAACAAAAUUAAUAUAUUUUGUGAGAUUAAACUGCUUGUAUAUGCUUCAACUUUGUUAAAAGAUGUUCAUGUCAUACUAUUAUGAAUGUACAUUUUUAUGAGUCAUAAAUAUUAUUUUCAGAGGCACUAGAGGCCCAUGAUUAUUUCCUCACUUUUGCAGUUGAUGAAAUACUGAAAUGUAAAUCACAGGAAUUUGUCAAAUAAAUCAUUUUUAACUGCA